AUGUCGGGGUUGAAUCAUUCGGGUCCUUCCUUAGUCGCGGCUGCGCGUCUGGCUAACGUGGCUGAGGAAGCUGCAUCUAUCAACCAUCCGGGCAACCUUAAUCCGGAUGCUGAUGUAGCUGAAACGGCCCCGUUGGAGGAAGCGGGGGCAAAAAGCCAAAGUCAGCCUUCCGACGACCCGGAUCGCCUGGCCAUCGUCCUGGUGAAAGGGCCUCCUCUCAAGAAGCCGCGUUUGACGCGCAAUCUACAGUCCGGACUCUUUGAGCGGCUUCAAGAGCGGCACCUCCAAGCCGUUAUCAAGGAAACCCUGAGGCUAUACACAGCAGUUCUUCUAUCUGUGCCACACGAAGCCAUGGAAGACUGUCAUGUUGCUGGCUACCACAUUCCAAAAGGCACCCGCUUGUUCGUGAAUGCGUGGAAGUUGCACCGUGACCCCAGUGUCUGGUCCGACCCUGAAGAUUUCCAACUGGAGAGGUUUCUGACAAGCCAUGCAAAUUUAGAUGUUUUGGGGCAGCAUUUUGAGCUCAUCCCAUUUGGUUCUGGUAGAAGAUCUUGCCCAGGAUCACCAUGGCCUUAA